AUGGGUCGCGAUCCAUCACCAAAUUUCCUCCCUCCACCCCAUCCAGCUCACCCCAAUAUGCGGUAUGAAGUCUCUCGCCCCAUUUUCCAGGAGCAGGAAUCGGAUUUCUUUCCCCCUGAUUCACCCGCCUCGGCUACUUCUUUUGAAAACCUCAGUUGCAUGAAAAUAACCGUUUUAUACAAGGACCGGCGGUUGCUCAAUAUCUCCAUGCACAAUGACAUGAGUGUGAGACGUUUGCGAGAUAUCAUCGAGGAGACUCACCACAUUCCACCUGAAAAGCAGACAUUAACCUACAAUGGACACAUUCUUGAGGACGGGAAGUUACUCGAACAACAUUAUGGCAUUAACGAUAAAUCAAAGGUAAACCUUUCCCUCCCGCUGGACUUUGAGCCCAACUUCAAAAUCUACAUCAAAGUGCCUGGUGGAUUAACGAUCAAGCGACACGUGAAUAGGAACGACUUCGUCUCCGAGUUGAAGUCGUUCAUAGAAGAUGCUACAAAGAUUCCUGUCACCUUGCAAGCACUUAGCUACGGCUCCUGGCUGAUGGAAGAUAAUGUUCGGUUGGGUGAUUACAACAUUCGACGGGGCUCAGUGGUGCAUGUACUACGAAGGCCCAAUCCCGUUCCAAACUACGAGAUGGGUAUUCAAGUACCACAGUACCGACUUCUUAGCAGGGAUGAGGGCGACUCCAAGGAGGACAGUGGAGUUAGCGAUUUGCGGGUCAUGAGACCAUCACCAAUAAAACGUCUAUCAGCUAAUAAAAUUCCCGAACCUGUGGCAAAUCUUAACGAAACUGUAACCGAGGUGAAAGAGGAGGGGGAGGAGGAGAAAGAGAUAGAGAAAAUUGAACCGACACUAAAGCCUAUCACCCCACCCCCCCUACCAAAAGUGGAAAACGGCGAGAGCCUUCGUCUUAAUCUUCCUGAAACAGAGGCCUACCGCACUUUCCGCCAGGCUCUGAGUGACCGCAUGGUGGCCCAAAGGGGGGAGAAUGAAGCCGGUAGCAGCUGA